AUGGAGAUGAAAAAGAGGCUUUCGCUGGAGUUGAGGCACCGGUCCCCUUCGGAGAUGAAGGAGCUGGUUCUGGACAACUGCCGCUCGAGUGAAGGGAAGAUCGAGGGAAUCUCAGAAGAGUUUGCAAACCUGGAACGUCUCAGCCUCAUCAACGUAGGUCUGACCAGUGUCGCAGAGAUCCCCAAACUUCAAAAACUUAAAAAGUUAGAGCUGAGCGACAACAGGAUAUCUGGGGGCCUGGAGGUGCUGGCUGAGCGACUCGUGAACCUCACACAUCUGAACCUCAGCGGAAACAAGUUCAAAGACAUCAGCACCCUGGAGCCUCUGAAAAAGUUGCCUCAGCUGAAGAGCCUGGACCUGUUCAACUGUGAGGUGACGAACCUGGCGGAUUACAAAGAGUCCAUCUUCAAGCUCCUCCCUCAGCUCACGUAUCUGGACGGAUACGACAUCGAUGACUGCGAGGCGUCCGACUCGGAGGGCGACGGUGUGGAGGAUGAGGAAGAGGAUGAAGAGGGAGAAUCUGACGAGGAGGACGAUGAGGAAGAUGUUGUGGCUGAAGAGGAUGAUGAUGACGAUGACGAAGAUGAGGACGGAGAGGUGAACGGUGAUGUUGACAGUGAAGAUGACGACGAUGAUGAUGACGAUGAAGAGGAUGAUGAGGACUCGUCUCCGACCAAAGGAGAGAAGAGGAAGAGGGACGGAGACGGGGACGACGACGAGGAUGAUGACGACGAGGACGACGAAUAA